GUCCCGCCCUCUCAUCAGAGAGAAACGACUGGUUGUGGUUUAGAUACUUUUCCUCAUCAACCUGUUCAGAGCUGUUAUUACAAACCUCUGCAGCAGGUGGGACUUGAAGCCGGACCUCGUGACUCAGAGGUAGCAGCUCUACCACUGCACCUCAAGUAACUCUCCAACUGGCAGUGGCUUAACCUGAGGGUUACUGCAGCUCAGGCAAGAUGAGAGGGGAGCACACUCAGACAGUACAGGAAUUGAACUCAUAUUGUGGGUAUCACACUGUAUGAUGAACCAGACAUGUGGCCUAUUGAGGAUGGUCUGUCUGAAGAUGCAGCAAUAUUUAACCCACGCUCUGCACCGCCUGCAGAAAGGACCAGGUUACACCUAUACUGAGCUCCUGGUCUGGUACUGUGAGAACACCAACACACAUGGACCCAAGCGUAUUGUAACUGAAGGGCCCAAGAAGCGGGCAAUGUGGUUCAUUCUGACUCUGGUAUUCACAGGGCUGGUGUGUUGGCAGUGGGUGAUCCUAAUUAAGAGUUACCUAUCCUGGGAGGUCAGUAUGAACCUGCGGACUGGUUUCAAAGCAAUGAACUUCCCUGCUGUCACCGUCUGUAACAACAACCCUUUCAGGUACACAAGGUCCAAGCAGUUGUUGCAGCAUUUGGACAAAUUUGCCAAACUUGCACUCGAACAUAUUUACAGUUAUAACCAAAAUGGAACAAUACCAGCUGCAUUCCCACCAUCACAGACAAACUGGAGCAGGGCAGCAUCACUUGUAAUCAUUGAAACAAGUGAACAGGGCGUGGAGACCGUUCUGCACAUCCUGGGAUCUGAUGAAAGUCAAAUUCACUCAGCAGCUUGGAACCGAUCACAGUCAGGGUCCUUCAAAGUGGCACUGCAACUGUGCAAUCAGAACAGGUCAAACUGUAUAUAUAGAAACUUCAGCACAGCGCUAGAGGCAAUGAAUGAGUGGUACUCCUUGCACUACAUGAGCAUCCUGUCCAACAUGCCUCAAUCAGACCGCCUGAUGAUGGGCGAGCAGGGGCAGGAUUUCAUUCUGGCUUGUGUUUUCGGUGGACAACCCUGUAACCUUGAAAACUUCACACAGUUGAUGCAUCCAACUUAUGGCAACUGUUACAUCUUCAACUGGGGUUCGGAGAGAGAGCCGCUGGUGACAUCUAAUCCUGGUGCAGAGUUUGGGCUGAAGCUGGUGCUAGAUAUCUCUGAAGAGGAUUACAACCCCUUUCUCUCCACUGCAGCUGGAGCCAGAUUCAUGCUGCACCAGCAGAACACCUUCCCAUUCCUCCAGGAUUUGGGGCUGUAUGCCAAGGCUGGCACAGAGACCUCCAUUGGCAUAUUUGUGGAUGAAAUAGUGCGUCUAGGUGGUUCCUACAGUCAGUGUACAUUUGAUGGUUCAGAUGUGGAUGUGAAGACUCUUUACAAUACCACCUACACAAUGCAGACCUGUCUCCAAUCCUGUCUGCAGGAUCACAUGGUGAAGUUCUGUGGGUGUGGGCAUCACAACUACCCUCUACCAGAAGGGAAAAAUCAUUGUAAUAACGAGGGUAAUCCAAACUGGGGUUAUUGUUAUUACCACCUGAAACAGCAAAUGGAAGCUGAACACUCAGACUGCCUGGAGAGUUGCAAGCAGCCCUGCAAUGAGACCCAGUACAGACUGACCAUGACUAUGGCGGAUUGGCCAUCUGAAUCCUCUGAGGAUUGGAUUUACCACAUCUUGUCAUACGAAAGGGAUUCCUCAGCUGCUGUUACUGUAAACAGGAGAAACAUCCUGAAAUUAAACUUAUACUUCCAAGAGAUUAAUUACAGGACAAUUCAGGAGGACCCUGCUUUAACAAUAGACUGGCUAUUAUCCAAACUCGGCGGCCAGUUUGGAUUCUGGAUGGGUGGCUCCAUACUCUGUAUCAUUGAGUUGAUUGAGAUCCUGAUCGAUUGCCUUUGGAUCACUGUCAUCAAGGUGGUGAAGUGGUGUACAUAUCGCAGGUCACGUCGAGCUCAGAUUCACUGCUCUGACCCACCACCAACUGUGACCCAGUCAAUUGAAGACCACACCAACGCUAGGUUCGAACCAGACCAAGCUGAAUCCCAUAUAGAAAGACCAUGUACCUUGGUGAUCCCAGGGACACCCCCUCCUCAGUACGACUCUCUGCGCAUCUACCCGAUCCCCCAGCGCAGGAUAACUUGGGAGUGUGAUGAAAAUUAAUAGAUCUUUUGCGCCAAACUGCUGCCUCACAUGCACAAGGACUUGGUAGCACAAUCCACAGGCUCACCUCUACCCCCCAAAAAUGCACUCAGAAUCAUAUAUUGCAAUUUUUAAAGAAAGAACUUGCGCACUAUUCAUGACCUCAGGAUGUCCAGAAUUGUUUCACAAUUAAACACGUUUGAACACACAGCAUGAUCUCACAAACACCACCAAAUAAAUAGGUUAUGAUUGAGGCAAAAAAAAAGUAUUAGUCAGGAUACAAGAAGAAUAUUGCUUGAAGAGAAGAGAUGGGAUUUGGAUGAAUGCCUCAUCUGAAAGUUGCAGUAUUCUUCCCAGCCCCACACUGGCAGUAUCCUUCUGGGUUAUGGAUUCAAGUCUCUAGAGUGGAAUAUGAAUCUACAAUCUGCUGCCUCAGAGGCAAGAUGUUACCCAUUGAACCAUGAUUUACGUUACUGAGUACAGCAAGUUUUGACUAUAUUAUUGUUUGAAAUAUUUAGCCACGAACACACAUGUUGGAUUGAACAGCAACCAAGUCUAAUUUUAAAAAUAUGGACUUGUUAAAAAUCACUUGCUUUGAAACAAAAAGUUAUAAAUAUGCUGUUGUAAACUGUGAAAAUAAAUCAGUAUUCCAGAAUUUUAGCAAUGCACAUCUUGUGAAUAUCAACAUUUCUGAGACAGCUCUCAGCCAUACGUUUGAUGGAAGCAUCAACAACCAUGGAACUACCAGAAGCAUAAACUAUUACUAUAACACACCAGUCGGACAGGGCAAUAAGUUUAAUUCUUGCAGCUAGUUGCUGGCAGCAGGGACAGAGAGCCUGAGAAAUACCUGAUUGUCAUAAAGGUUUAAAUUGAUUGACUAAUGGCCUUUUGGCUACAUA